AUGGGUAAUACAGAUUCAAAAAUUGAUUUUCGUGUUGCUGUCGUUCAAUUAACUUCGCGUAGUCAGCAAAUUGAAUCUAAUGAUGAAUCAUUUUGGGACCAAUUUUGGUCGGACAAAAUUUCAAGUGUUCAGGAUAUUUUUGCGUUGGUACCAGCGGCAGAAAUUCGAGCACUACGAGAAGAACUACCAUCGAAUUUAGCAAUCUUAUGCAAUAAACUCGUCGAUCGUUUACAAAUGGCAGCAGAGAACUCCUGUCAAACACAACGAGAUCAAACAGCUGCGAUAAACUGUGUUCGGUUGCUCACUCGUCUGUUACCAUAUAUAUUCGAAGAGCCGGAAUGGCGAGGCUUUUUCUGGUCUGAUAUUCCCACCGGUCCUCAGCAGACUACAUCAAAUGGAGAAUGUGUUAGUAAACCACCGUUAGCCGAACGCCUUCUUCAAACUUUAGCAGAUCUCUUGUUUUGUCCGGAUUUUACAGUUUCUUCAAAGAAGAAAAAAGGCCCAGAUAAUCCAGAAGAUAUACAUACAAUCGAUAGUUGUGAAUACAUUUGGGAAGCUGGUGUUGGCUUUUCUCAAUCACCUGUACAUACACCAAGCAAUGAUCGAAAUCGAACGGAAAUUCUGAAGUUGUUACUUGUUUGCUUUUCCGAAACGAUCUACAUGAAUCCAUCAGCUGAAUUACAGUUGCACUCCAAUAAAUGGUUAACUUAUUUCACAUCCGGUCAUAAUCGUCAAACAUUACCUUUAUUCACUUCCUUGAUAAAUAUCGUAUUCUCCUAUGAUCCUGUUGGCUAUCUACCUUACAAUUAUCUUCUAUUUACUGAUACGCGUGAACCUCUAGUCGAAGUUGCUGCCCAGUUGUUAUGUAUAACACUUGAUCAUAAUUCGUCGAUGGUAUCUGAUCAAGUUCCAUCAUCGCCAAUGAAUCAAAUGCCAUCGGGUGACGACUGUCCUAAUUUAUUUGUAAAUUAUCUAUCACGUAUCCAUCGAGAUGACGAUUUUAGUAUAUUAUUGAAAGGGUUUUGUCGAUUAUUAAAUAAUCCAUUGAUUCAAACGUAUCUACCGGGUUCGUGUAAGAAAAUAGGAUUCCAUCAAGAAUUAUUAAUAUUAUUUUGGAAAUUCUGCGAUCGAAAUAAGAAAUUCUUAUAUUAUGUAUUAAAAUCAAGUGAAGUGUUGGAUGUUCUCGUCCCCAUUCUUUAUUUUCUCAACGACGCACGCUCGGACACUUCCAAAACCGGUCUGAUGCACAUCGGUGUUUUCAUUUUGUUGUUACUCAGCGGUGAGCGAAACUUUGGCGUUCGAUUGAAUAAACCCUACGUUACACGAGUACCUAUGGACAUUCCAGUCUUUACUGGAACUCAUGCAGAUCUUCUGAUUAUCGUUUUCCAUAAAAUUAUCGUCUCUGCACAUCAACGUUUACAACCGUUGUACGAUUGUUUAUUAACCAUUAUAGUCAAUAUUUCGCCGUAUUUGAAAACUCUAUCCAUGGUAUCGAGCAACAAAUUAAUUCAUUUACUCGAAGCAUUUAGUUCUCCGUGGUUUCUUUUCGCAGCACCUGAAAAUCAUCAUUUAGUAUUCUUUCUUCUCGAAGCAUUCAAUAAUCUUAUUCAAUAUCAAUUUGAUGGCAACGCAAGUUUAGUUUACUCAAUUAUUCGUAAACGUCAAGUCUUUUUCGCAUUGAGCAAUCUAGCGACUGAUACACAAACAAUAUCAAAACUAAGUACCAAGUCAUCAACAGUAACUUCAUUAACAAAAUCAAGUCCUGAUAAAUCUGACAAUAAACAAAAUCUUUUUCAAAACAAUGCCAAAUCAAAUACGCAAGAAGGAUUAACUCUAUCCAAAGAACACUUGACAUCUGCUGGGAUGAAUAACGCAAUGACAACGACAUUGGCUGAAACACCAUCAAUUCACAAGAUGACUGAACGAACUUUGGCUGCUUCACCCAAUUUAGACGACCGUCAACGUGUACGGUUGGAUGGUGACAAUGAAACCUCACCAAACACCACUCAACCUUCUUCGCCGACAUCUCAGCACGGUGGCACAAUUUCUAGCGCGAAUCACUCCUCGGACAGCGGUAUCUGGUCACCGACAUCUCAAUGGGUACAAUCAUGGAAAGCCAAAUUACCUCUACAAACCAUCAUGCGUCUUCUUCAAGUUCUCGUACCACAAGUUGAAAAAAUCUGCAUGGAUCGUGGUCUAACUGACGAAAGUGAAAUCAUCAAAUUUCUUCAACAUGGAACAUUAGUUGGUCUCCUGCCCGUUCCACAUCCAAUUCUAAUUCGCAAGUAUCAACCGAAUUCGGGCACAGUUAUGUGGUUUCGUACAUAUAUGUGGGGUGUUAUUUAUCUCAGGAAUGUUGAUCCACCUAUAUGGUAUGAUACAGACGUCAAGUUAUUCGAAAUUCAACGAGCCUGA